AAACCAUUGCCCACUUCAACACGUCUCAAAGUUCAUUGUGCUUUCUGGCGUCGCUGACUCAGUGCAGACAAUGCUCAUGUUCUUCUAGUGGCAUGGAGCUGGAAGCUUUGCCAUUGAUGAGAGAAUUGGGCCUGACAAAUCAGGAUAUUGUCUUCUUGGGAGACGUACGAGUGAGGCAAGAAGAUGAACUUGGUCGUGGCUCCGAUGCCGCCGUGUAUCGGCUGACGUGGCAGGGAAUAGAUAUCGCCCUGAAAGUUCUGCAUCCCAUUUUGAUUGAGCCCGGUGUUCAGGACCGAGAGAGGAAAAUCCGUUCUUUCGGCCAAGAGGUAUUCCGUCUCAGUCGUAUUCACCAUCCGAACCUGUGCCAAUUGCUGGGCAUUGCCAGAGUUGGGCAAAACGCUGCUCUUGCUUUGGAGUUGCUGACUUCGACGUUGGAAAAGUUGAGUAUCGGUGAGGGUCGGGAGGAUGGCUUGAUGCUGAUCGGCUACCUCUGCGACACGUCGGCUGGUAUCAGAUACCUGCACGUUCGUGGUAUACUCCAUCGGGACCUCGCCCCGAAAAAUGUGAUGAUCAAGAACGGCGUCGCAAAGGUAUGCGAUUUUGGUAUGGCGAAAUUCGUACGUUUGGCAUCCCCUCGUCAACAGCAGCAACAGGUCCAGGCGGCUCGAAUGGACAUGACCCGUUGCCCCGGAACGUUGGCCUUCAUGCCGCCGGAGGCCCUGGUAGAGCAACCUGACUAUGAUCGUCCGCUGGAUAUCUUCUCGUUCGGAGUUACGCUACUGGCUGUUAUCACUGGUGUUAUGCCAGGGAUCGACCUGAUCAAUGCUCCGUCCGUUGUGAUCGUGCGCGACGCCGCCAGUGGACGGGAAACGACGCAGGUGGUGGCGGAGACAAGACGGCGUGCUCCUUAUCUACGGCGACUCCCUGAUGACCACCCAUUGAAGCCGCUGGCAAUUCGCUGCCACUCCAACGAACCGAGCGAGCGAGCGACUGCCGAGGAAGUACACGAGGAGAUGAAGCGAGUGUUACAGCUAUUCACCAGUCUCUCGUCGCCUCAUCUUUCCAAUGUUCCACCAGCUGUUGUACGUCGACUGGACUCUAUCUCCGAACAGCUAACUCAGCAAGCUACGUCCAUCACUGCAUUGUCGGCAAGGAGUGAUACGUUAGAGGAACAGCUUACAGCGGCCAUUACCAACAACCAAACCACCACACAACAACAACUGACAUCAACGCAACAACAACUGACAACAACGCAACAACAACUGACUGAUACUCAACAACAACUUACAGCAGCCAUCACCAACAACCAAACCACCACACAACAACAACUUACGGUCAUCACCAACCACCAAACCACCACAGAACAACAACUUACGGUCAUCACCAACAAUCAGACAGCGACACAAGAACAACUGAUUGCCACACAGCAACAACUGACUGAUACACGGGAGCAAAUGUCCACGAUUCAAGACGAACAGAGUUCAGCGAUGCAAAGACUUACUGAACAUCUGGAUGCCAUUGCUGGAAACCAGACCAUGACGCAACAACAACUGACUGCUACUCAAUACACUAUACACAACGAACAAACCACCACAAACCGCCGAGUACAAACUCUCGCCGACCAGCUACGUGAUACGGACGAACAGACUUCCCGACAGAUGACAACGUUGACGGACCAAAUUUCGGCGGUUUCUGGCCAGCUAUCAACGAUGUCUGCAUCCACCCAUCAGCUGCAGAUAAGGCCUACCACUGCACCCGAAAGCCUGUCAAGUUCUGCUUCUGCCACUGCCUCAGCUACAACAGCUGUGGUACCUGUUUCUAGUCCCAUUGCUGCACAAGACAGCCGCUCAAGUUCAGCUUCUGCCCCUACCCCUGCCCCUGCCUCUCCUACAGCAACGACAGUACCUGUUUCUAGUCUUAUUGCUGCACAAGACAGCCAGUCAAGUUCAGCUACAGCCACUGCCCCUGCCGUGACUGGCUCUCCUGCAGUAACUAGACAGGUACCUGUCUCUAGUCCCAUUGCUGCACAAGGCAGCCGCUCAAGUUCAGCUUCUGCCACUGCCCUUGCCCUUGCCCCUGCUUCUCGUACAGCAACGAGACUGCAGGUUAUGCCUACCACUGCGCCAGAAAGCCUGUCAAGUUCUGCUUCUGCCACUGCCUCUGCUACAACAGCUACGGUACCUGUUUCUAGUCCCAUUGCUGCACAAGACAGCCGCUUAAGUUCAGCUUCUGCCACUACCCCUGCCCCUGACUCCCUGCCACUACCCCUGCCCCUGCCUACAGCAACGACAGUACCUGUCUCUAGUCCCAUUGCUGCACAAGACAGCCACUCAAGUUCAGCUUCUGCCACUGCCCUUGCCCUUGCCCCUGCUUCUCCUACAGCAACGAGACUGCAGGUAAGGCCUACCACUGCGCCAGAAAGCCUGUCAAGUUCUGCUUCCCCCAUGUCCUCUGCUACAACAGCUACUGUGAGGCCUACCACUGCACCCGAAAGCCUGUCAAGUUCUGCUUCUGCCACUACAACAGUUAGGGUACCUGUUUCUAGUCCCAUUGCUGCACAAGACAGCCGGGCAAGUUCAGCUUCUGCCACUGCCCCUGCCCCUGCCUCUCCUACAGCAACGAGACUGCAGGUAAGGCCUACCACUGCACCAGAAAGCCUGUCAAGUUCAGCUUCUGCCAUGUCCUCUGCUACAACAGCUACGGUACCUGUUUCUAGUCCCAUUGCUGCACAAGACAACCGGGCAAGUUCAGCUUCUGCCUCUGCUCCUGCCGCUGCUUCUGCUACUGCAACGAGAGCUGAAGCUUCAGCAGCUGCAAGCACAGCUGUUUCAUCCGUUGGUAGAGGAUAUCAUGUCCUACCUGCUAUGCCAACCCCAACACAGAUUGCGAACAUCAAGAAGCGCAGAAAGUGGAACAAGGUCGUAGGAGGUCCUGGAAAGAGUUUUUUUGAAUUUUGGAAUACUUCACGUCCGGAAGUACCACCGCAUGGCAAACAUGCCAGGCUUGCCACGUACAGAGACAAACUGGUUGCUGUGUGGUAUGAUGGUGUGAACGUCACCAAGAUGAUGGAGACAUCAGACCUGCAGACAUGGCACAGUAUUGACCUACCAAGUGAAUACAGUAAGCUGACUGGCCCAUCACUGGCAUCUCAUGGUCGUAUGCUGUACAUGCACUGUAACACAUACACCAAGAGCACCAACAGAUGGGUGCACUCUAUUCUGCAGUACUGCGACACACCAGAUAACGGUGACGACGGCCGCAGUGGUGGUGGUGGUGGUGGUGAUGGUGGUGGUGGUGGUCAGUGGACCAAACUGACGGACGUCCCACACUGUAACCAUGCCUGGUGUACUCUACAUGUAGGUGCUGAUGCUAUUUCUCUAUAUGGUGGCUACGAUGGUGAACGAAAUCACAAUCAUGUUAGUACCUAUUCUCUAGCCAGCAAGCAGUGGAGCUCUUCUUCAUCAUCCAAUGCUAGCCUAGUAUUACCUUCAUUGCCACUACCAUGCAGCCUGGCAUCACUUGUCCCAUUCCCUGAUUCACUGUACUUAGUUGGUGGUGUUACUGGUUGUUUUCCCAAACACCAUGAUGGUAGGUGGGUGUCCACCAGUCCACCUGAUGGUGUUGAGCUGAAGUUUAGUGCAGCAUGCGCGCUUUCUGACCAGUGCAUGGUUAUUUGCCCCCACACUCCUUCUACUAAGUGUGUUGUACAUGAUAUUUCAUCUGGUCAGGUCUAUCCACUACCAGCUAUGCCAGAGUUCAGUGGUUACAACCCAUCACUCACACUGUUUAGCAGUACCCUGGUACUCAGUGUAGGUGGAGAUGACACUCCUACUGCUCUGUACACACUGGAUAUGAGUGUGUGAGCGUAGUAGGUUACUAACUACAGUCAAUCACUGAUGAUAACUACAGUAUGCAAACUGUACUGCUUUUCACUUUCUUUCUAUCGUCAGAAAAUUGCUAAUCUUUGUUUUCACAUCUCUCUGAUUGUCAAGUAAUUGUCCAGUUUUACGCUGCCUCAUCCCCUGUAACGUAUACCCAGAUUGGUUAAGUGAAUAUUACUCUAACCCCUAUAAUCACGUGCAAACUUACCCAUUCUUUCCUUGAUGCCUCCACUUCAUGAUUGUGUAUUAUGAACUGAAAACUAUUUUUGAUUGUGCGUCCUCCCCUGACUCUGUUAUGUUCUAAUCUCUGUUUCUGACAUUGAGCACUUUCUGCAGCUCGGGGAUCAACGAAUUUGUUCAUUA